AUGAGACUCGCGGAUUCUCAUACUUGUUUAAUGGACUUCCCAGUAAGUCACUUGGGGGAGGUGGAUCAGGUUAUAAUGAUGUUCUUGAUGUUGAUACAACAGGCUGUGAUCCUUCUAUUAAGGCUUACUCAUGAAGAUAUUGAUGUUCAUGUUCCUCCCUAUAGUACCCUUUGAUCGUUAAUUAUACGUAUCUGUCUUCGCAAUCGUAUUAAUCUCGGCAAGACAGGGAAAAUCAUGGCUCUCAAGAUGCUCAAAAGUAGACAUUUAUAGCUACACAAGAGGUGCCGCGACAUGUUGACAGUAGAACGAUUAAUAUCGGCAACAAGGUUUAAUCCUAGUACGAUCCUGAACAAAAAAAUCAAGAAAGACAAGCUUGGACAGCUGCUGGCGCACCUGAG